AUGAGAAGCUUUGAGGGUUAUGGCGAAGACACCGCAAAAUAUCUGCAAUAUGAACCAGCCAAUGAGGAAGAUGGAACUCAACUCCUUGAUAUGAAAUCUGAUCUUAAAGAAAGUUCUUCAGCGCAGAGAGCUAGUCUCGCAUCCUUUCGAAAUGAGGACCUACCUUGCAUCAUCAACAAAAUGCCCGCCGAGAUAAUCAUAACGAUUGUGCGCGAGCUUACGCCUUGUAUGCGUGUCUGUCUCGGAGUUACGUGUAAAUUUAUGUACCAGUACUUCAAAUACGUCAACCCGAAGCUAGUCGACUUAUCUGAGAAAGCGGGCUCUGGAUUUCAGAAUAAGCCUCUCCAUAUGCUUCUCAAUACUUGGAUCGGCCCCCAGUAUCGCCACGGAGUUUUUAUACCCCAUCAUUUUCUUCUUAAAUCCGUGUAUGGUCAGUCGUAUAAACUACCAGCUGGUGAGAAGGAAUUUGAUUUGGCGAAGAGAUAUAUCGAUCAUCUUGAAUCCAUCAAGCAAGAUAAAACAGGGAGCAUCUAUCCAUUUGUACUGCCAAACCCAUGCAACAAAGGGGACAGUUGGAAUGAAGAAGCUCUCGAAGUCAUGAGGGAAGAUCUGAAAUCACGCAUUCAUGAUGUCAAUCCAUGGUUCCAUUGUUGGUUUCACUUUCAUGUGUUUUGCUCCGGUAAACAUGGGUAUUAUGAACAUCUGCUUGAAUGGCGAAGGGCAUGGAUCCCAGAAAUGGUUUGGUCAAAUUAUUCUGAGUGGAGGGAAAUGAUAGGGUUUUGA